AUGAUCGAGCGGCGGUCCGGACAGAUAGUGGCCAUCUGCUCCAUUGCCGGCCUCACCGGCACCGCCAACCUAGUGGACUACUGCUCCUCCAAAUUCGCCAUCACCGGCAUGAUGGAGGCGCUGGAGUACGAGCUGGAGCGCUACGGCCACGACUACAUCCGCCUGACCACCAUCUGUCCGAUGGCCAUCGCCACGGGCAUGUUCAAGAAGCCGGUCACCCGCUUCUCCAGCAUCCUGCCCAUCCUCACGCCGGAGUACACCGCCGAGAAGGCGGUCGAGGCAAUUCUCGGCGAGAAGAGUCUGGUCACCAUUCCCGCCAGCACCUACUACGCCUUCUACUUGGUGGGAAAAAUGGUGCCCGACAAGGCUCGCAACUUGCUGCGCAACUUUUGCCAGUACGGCGUGGACCAGCAUUGA